AACCAUGAGGACCACUACAAUCGUGCUGCUGCUGGCUGCCGUCGCGGCGGCGCAGCAGAAACGCGAGGCGGAACCUUCUGGAGGAUACGGACAUGGGCUCGGGCAUGGCCUUGGUUUAGGCUUUGGCUUUGGUCAUGGACAUGGUUUUGGCCAUGGGCACGGGUUUGGUCAUGGCCAUGGGCACGGACUUGGUCAUGGCCAUGGCCAUGGACACACAGUAGUGACUGUUGUACAUGGUGGUCACGGUCACGGACAUGGCUUUGGGCAUGGUUUCGGACAUGGACACGGGUUUGGCUUCGGACAUGGUCAUGGUAUUGGACACGGACAUGGGCACAGUGUUGUGCACCACCACGGGAUUGGCCAUGGGCAUGGAAUCGGAUUUGGCCACGGUUUCGGACACGGCUAUGGCCACGGCAUCUACAAGCGUGAAGCCAAAGCCGAACCCGAAGCCAAGGCCGACCCGAAGGCAGAGCCAGGCUUUGCCCAUGGCUUUGGAGGCCACGGCUUCGGCGGUCAUGGUUUUGGUGGCCAUGGGUUCGGUGGCCAUGGAUUCGGGCAUGGUGGCCAUGGAUUUGGACAUGGUGGCUUUGGAUUAGGUCAUGGCUUCGGCCACGGCAUUGGUCAUGGCCACGGUCACACCGUCAGUCAUGAAGUCGUCCAUGUUGGACAUGGCCACGGUCAUGGUCAUGGAUUUGGACACGGCCACGGAUUUGGUCAUGGAAUCGGGCUUGGUCACGGAUUCGGACAUGGCCACGGAUAUGGACACGGUCACGGCGUACAUAUAAUCGAACACGGACACGGUUUUGGACAUGGGUUAGGUCACGGGUUCGGCCAUGGAUUCGGACAUGGGAUCGGCCAUGGAAUUGGUCAUGGAUUUGGCCAUGGAGGAUAUGGUUACCAUUAGCUAUACUUCCAGAGUGUGUCCUAUUUAUCCUAAAUGUACAUAUUAAGGAUACUGUAAUGGAAUAUUUAAGCAUUUUUACAUUUUGUAAUAAUAAAUUUCAAGGGAUUUGUAAUUUGUAAUUAUCAAGAAAUAAUCAUCAGGUAUAUCUGUCAAUAAGAUACUGAACUACUCUCCUUACCCGUUUCCUAUCAAGGAUUAAGAGAGCAUUCAAGCUCUUUAUCAUCUUGUCUGUCCCUCUUCCUUUAAUCAAUUAUUUCAAAAGCUGAUCUUGUCAGCGUGUGCAUUUUCAGAAACUCAGACCUUUUUUGUACACUUUCGAAAAUUCUAUUCUGUCCAGCUGUAUAUAUGUACUGCUUCAUAUAUAUAUUUUUUCAAAAUCUUUUCUCUCAUGUCUAAGUUUCUCGUGGUGUUUUACUAUAGCAGUUAAACUUAGACCAUUCUUUAUACGUCGUCUAAAUAUCAUUAUAACCUUAAUACUUCUUUGCAUUCAUAAUAAUUCUUAAUGUAAUACUGUGAC